AUGCAGAGAAUCAUAAGGAUCCAAUUGAUUUCUGGAAUGUAUAUAUGGCUCAACAUUUUCUUUGAUGUAUGCACAGCUUUAACUGUAGGAAAACAAUCAACUGCAGCAGCCUGUUUGAUUAAUGAAAAAGUUACAGUUAUGGUUGCCUGGCUAGCAACAACUGCAGUACCAGUCGCAAUAGUAUACCGUCAGAAGAAAAUGAACAUUGAAAGAUUAGGAGAUAUGGGAACUAACGCAACAACUUAUUUAGUCUCAGAGCAAGGAGAUACCACUACUCAUCUCAGGAUGAGCGAGAAUUCCAUCCUCGAUCACCAUACAAGUGCCUACAAGGACGAGAACAAGAAGUGA